CAUUAGGUAACCACGAUGGGCUCGGUGAAAUCAACUGGACUGUCUCUUCUUAUGUUGUCUUUUCUUAUUUACAUAGCAGAUUCUUACCCCAACCAUGCAUUAACAAACGUGGGCUGUAAGGAGUGCGCACUGCAGAGAAACAUUCCUUUCUCCGGGGUUCAGCCGAUCUACCAGUGCAUGGGCUGCUGCUUCUCUAGAGCGUACCCAACAUCUCUCAAGACCAUGAAGACAAUGACGAUCCCAAAGAACAUCACCUCGGAGGCAACAUGCUGUGUCGCAAAGCACAGUUACGGGACAACGGUGAACAACAUAGAUGUGAGAAACCACACAGAGUGCCACUGCAGCACCUGCUAUUUUCACAAGAUAUGAAGACAUG